AUGUCGCCGACGAUGAGCAGGCUGCAUAUAAACGGGAGGCUGUACGUAGAUGACAUGGCACCAGGCACUGGCGACGCAGACCUUCGCCGCCACUUCGAGCUCUAUGGGGACGUGGCCAACAUCUUCAUUCCCACAUGUCGCCUCACGGGCAAACCUCGCUGUUGCGCCUUUGUCCAGUUCUCUAGCCCUCGUGACGCCGGUUGCGUCCUCGCUGACCCUUGUCAUGUCAUCAAUGGCCGGGAGGUGCACAUUGCAAGGGCACUACCAAGGGCACGACCAAGAAAUUCGGGUGAAUCGAGUCUUGUCCAACCAAACACAAGCAUGUUACCGCCGAUGAGCAAGUUGCAUAUAAACGGGAGGCUGUACCUAGAUGACAUGGCGCCAGGCACCAGUGAUGUGGACCUCCGCAGCCACUUUGGUCGCUACGGGGACGUGGCGGACAUCUUCAUUCCCACAUACCGCCUCAAUGGCCAGCCCCGAUGCUGCGCCUUUGUCCAGUUCUCUAACCCCGGUGACGCUGAGCGCGCCUUCGCCGACCCAGGCCAUGUUAUCAAUGGCCGGGAGGUGUACAUUACAACGGCACAAACAAGACAUUUAGAAAAAUCGAGUGUGUACCAGUACAAGCCUCUCUGCGAGCGGAAAAUGCGGGAUGGUCCAUGGCGUGGAUAUCGGGUUGGCGACAUCGGCAAAACAUCAUGGGGCGGUUCACUUCGUCUUCAUCCGCGCGCACAGGAGCUCCUCUUCGUCGCCGUCACGGCUGCCGCCGCGCGCCUCGACGACGCCGCCAACGAGAACGUCUCGCCCGCGCCGCCCGUGACCGCCGCCGCCGCCGCACCCUCCUCUUCGUCGCCCGUGAGUCUCGCCGCGCCGCCGCCUCUGCGCAUCCCGGCCGCCGUCCGCCGUGAUCGCCGCCGCUGCGCGUCUGUCGCGUGUGCCGCCAGCGCGCCCGCACCGCUCGUGACCGCCGCCGCGCACCGCACCGCCCGUGUGCCACCGUGA